AGUCCAGGCGGUGGCGGUAAUGGACCGGAAGCUGGUUUUGCAACCGCUAUAAAGCCUCAUAUGCAGAAGAAGAAGCAGCACUUGCCGGUCAAGUCUUCAGAGCCGAUCACAAGACACGAUGAAGAUCUGGACGUCAGAACACGUUUUCAACCACCCAUGGGAGACAGUGACCAAAGCAGCUAUGCAGAAGUACCCCAACCCCAUGAACCCUAGUGUAUUUGGAGUAGAUGUGUUGGACCGAAGAGUGGACCAGCAAGGCCGGCUUCACAGCAAACGUCUACUCAGCACAGAAUGGGGCCUUCCAUCUAUAGUCAAUUCAAUCAUUGGUAAUGCACGUGCAUGUACGUAUGUUCAAGAGCAUUCACUCGUGGACCCCAAAGAGAAGACUUUGGAGCUGAAGUCUACAAAUAUUACAUUUACCAACAUGGUGUCUGUAGAUGAAAGGCUUGUCUACAAACCACAUCCAGAUGACCCAUUAAAGACUGUGCUGACCCAGGAGGCCAUCAUCUCUGUGAAAGGAGUCAGUUUGAGCAGUUACCUAGAGGGACUUAUGGCAAACACUAUCUCAACUAAUGCCGGAAAGGGCCGUGAAGCAAUGGAGUGGGUUAUCAGGCGUCUGAAUGCAGAGAUUGGGGAGCUAACCAUUACAGCAAGAGGCACAAUGCGGACACCCAUGGCUGCAGCAGUCGUAGAAAAAUGAACUUUUCGUGUCUCUGCGCUCUUUAACACCUUUCUUUGCGGACCACUUCAGUGUAUCUUUUCUCGUUCUGUCCUACUUUCUAUGCUGUUUUUUGCAUUUGUGGAACAGAGUUCUCCCCAUCUCCCUUGUACAAUUGACUCUAUAUUAGAGGCUGGAGGGACACAAAUCGGGAAGCGAAUCUCUGCUUCAUUUAAUAUUGAAAACAGCCUGUUUGCACUGAAGAACAAGCAAGAUGUGGUUUUGAGUGUAUUUAAUAGGUGAUUACACACAUUUACACUUACUCUGACGUUUAUAACUUUAUAAUUGAUCAGAGCAAGCAUAUAUAUAUAUAGUGUGUAACGAGAAAACAUUUUAUUUAUUUAUUUUUUAUAUAUUUCCACCACAGAAAUGCUAACUUGAUGUGAUAGCUGUUAGCUUUUAUUCAUUCUAAUAAAGUUGGCAUUUUUGUACACAUGUACAUUGAAGGUAAUAAUAGUGUUGUGGUAAAUAGUGUUGUACUUUCAACAUGGGUGUAGCAUGCUUGUGGGUUCAGAGUUCAGAGGGAAAUAAGGAAAUGGGAGGCAGGAAUUGAAUUGAGAUCGUGCCACUUUAUUAUUCUCUAUUUUUUGCACACAAUUUCAGUGCUGCUGUAACCAAUUUUUUAGAGUUUAUUUUAAAUCUCACACAAAUACAUAGCUCAGCUCUUCCUGUUCAGUUUUCAUGCCACUCAGCAUAACAGCACGGUCUCAUAUCCUCCCUUUAUCAUCUCACCACCACACACUGAGAAACAUAGCUCUUGUUAGUAAAUCACCCACAGGUGCAUGCUCAUCCAUACCACUUAUUCUCCUGAUUCCAGCCUCCAUUCACAAACCUUUCCACCACGCUCCCAACACCACAGUGGGCUAUGCUACUUCAUGCAACCGUAGCAUCUUAUACACAUUUGAGUACUUUAUUAGGUUUAUUACAAUUAAGGGAACAAAGUUCUUCAGAUAUUUUGUCAUACUGAUGUGCGAUUUUCCAAAAAUAAUUUUGUAAGUGGAGGUCAAAGUAGGUUUGUGCACAGUGGCACUUACAGUGUAAUGGCUUAAUACUGAAAUAUCAAACAUGCACAUCUUGCUGAAUCCAGCACAGAUGCAAUUAUGCAAUUGUCUCAAGGCAAACACUGCCUUUCUCUGAAAAUCUUAUGAAAUUCUCUGAAAUUGAUUUUUUUUUUUUUUUAACCCUUACACAUUGUGGAAAAGGGUUUGAUCAAGGAAUAAAAACCAUAAGAUAUAAGGCCAAAAGUUUGUGGACACCUGACCAUCACAUCCGUAUGUGGGCCUUCUCCAAACUGUUGCCACAAAGUUGGAAGUACACAAUUCUACAGAAUGUCUUUGUAUGCUGUAGCAUUACAAUUUACCUUCAUUGGAACUAAGGGGCCUACCUUAAUCCUGUUCCAGCAUGACAAUUCCCCUGUGCACAAAGCGAGGUCCAUGAAGACAUGGUUAAGGUUGGUGUGGAAGAACUUGAGUGGUCUGCACAGGGCCCUGACCUCAACCCCACUGAACAUCACUGGGAUGAACUGGAAUGAUGACUGUGCCCCAGGCCUCCUCGUCUGUCAUCAGUGCAUGACGUCAAUAAUGCUUUUGUGGCUGAAUGAUCACAAAUCCCCACAGCCACUUUCCAAAAUCUAGUGGAAGCCUUCCCAGAAGAAUGGAUAUUAUUAUAACUGCAAAGGGGGGAGACUAAAUCUGGAAUAGAAUGUUCAAAAAGCACAUGGGUGAUCUGGUCAGGUGUCUAACUUUUGGCCAUAGUGUAAUAUAACGCCUUAAUGCAUCAUAGGAAUACUGAAACUGAUAAUAUCACCUGGGAAAGGCUAUAGUCAUACUAAUCAUGCAGCCAUUUAAAAGUUAAUCAUUAAUUUCAAUGAUUAACUGUUAAUAUAUUGGCUUUCCACAGUUUAAAAUGUAAAUAUGAAAGUUGUAAUGAGCAUUUUAGUGAAAGAUGCUACUUAAGAUGCUGUGGUGGAAUAGUAAACUGGAUGGAACAGUUAUUUAUUUACAAUUAGAGAGGUGGCUCAUAAACCAUAUGUAUUCUUUUCCUUGAGGCCAAAUAAUGAGGUUGUGUACUGUUUGAAGUAUUCAAGCAGAGUGCAUGCAUGUUUGCUCUUUGUGUAACCAGUAUGUAGUAGUGGAGGGUGAAAAACAUUUUAUUUAUUCCUUUUUAUGUCAGGAGGCAUUUGUUAUUUUAUGCAAUGGUCAUUUACACUGAUCAGCCAUAACAUUAAGACCACCUGAAUAUGGAGACCAAGUCAACACCUACACAGCAAGCUGCGAUGCACUGUGUGUUCUGACACCUAUCAUAGCCAGCAUUAACUUUUUCGUGCUACAGUAGCUCUUCUGUGCCAUCAGACCAGUCAGGCUAGCCUUCACUCCCUUGGGUUCCCAUUACCCUGUUGCCAGUUCACCAGUUGUCCUUCUUUGGACCACUUUUUGCAGGUACUAACCACUGCAUACUGGCAACACUCCACAAGACCUGCCGUUUUCGAUAUGCUCUGACCCAGUCGUCUCGCCAUCACAAUUUGGCUCUGCUCAAAGUCGCUCAGAUCCUUACUCUUGCCCAUUUUUCCUGCUCCCAACACAUCAACUUUGAGAACUGACUGUUAACUUGUUGCCUAAUAUAUCCCACCCUUUGACAGGUGCCACUGUGAUGAGAUAAUCAACAUUAUUCACAUCACCUGUCAGUGGUUUUAAUGUUAUGGCUGAUCAGUGUAUUUGUCUGUUGGUAUAGAAACAUUCAAUGAUUUUCCGUUUUAGUGUUUAGAUUUCAUUUCAUUUUGAGUAAAAAAAAAAGGUAGUUGUACUGAUUUCCUCAUCUUGGACAAAAAAGCUCUUCUAGGAUUAUUCAAAGUGGGCCACAUGUAUUAUGGCAUAUAAUUGAUGCUCUCUUGAUUACUGCUUAUUUACCCGAUAGUAAAUGUAUAUGUAUAUGUAUAGUGCUGGUAAUUAAUUUUAAAAGAGAGUUUACUAUUGUAAUGCCCUUAGGAAAUUAUGGACACACAUGAAAGGUUAUUAUAACAUGCAGUAUAUUUUCUGAAAAAAAAAAAUAAUUCUUGUGUUGUGUCUUUUUCAUACUAUACUACCUCCCCAAAAGGGUUUUUUUUAGACUGAUAGUACUUGUGGUAUGUGACCUAGUGAAUCAAUAUCAGGAUGUAUCUACUGAUACAGACUUUAAAGCACUCUGUAAGUCACUAUGGAAAACUGCCAAAUGCCAUAAAUGUAAAUGAUGCAAGUUCUUUCUGUUUCGGUCUAAGGACACUCAAUUUUUGUGGAUCACUUACAUCACUGAAAUUAAAUUUGGAAACUGAUACUAUA